CAUCUCCCAAAUUACCAUGUUGGAUCAGAUAGGCUGCAAAACUUUCGGUUGCAGGCUAUGCUGAAGCGUGUUGUUCACAAGUUAGGCCUGGUAGAGGAGACUAAGAAAGAUUACAAGAAAAAAAACAAGGCCAAAGGAAGCAAGGCUUCCUCAGAGCUAACCUCAAGAUCAAGUGAGUUAUUUGUGAAGAUAAAGCAUGUAGGUGGACAAAAGGAUCUGUACAAACAUGCAGUUCCGGUGUCAAAGUUGAUGAGAAAGCAUCAUGGGAUGUGUAUUGCACUGCCACAAGUCUUCAAAGAUCCUCACAAUGCAGUGCUCAAUGAAGGAGAGGUUUUGCAGCCUGGUCACAAGUACAUCUUAAUCUCCUUCAAGGAUGUGGACAAGCUCAAACGCAAGUUUCCGGCGCAAGGCAAAACCAGUAGGCCGAAUGGGGUGGUGGCGGUUGAAAAGAUGGACAAAAAGGCCGGGUCUCCAAGUGGACACAAACUCAAAGCUCAGAAUGGAGUAGCCGGCCGAAAGACACAUGAUGAGAUCACAUUCACCAAGGAGAAUGGCAACAUGAAAAUGCCAAAUGGAUUUGCAGGCCAAAAGAAGUUGGAAACAAAGACAAUUUUGUCUCCAAGUGGAAAAUGCAACAAAGGGCAAGCCAAAGUGGCAAAUGGACUAGUUGAUGACGAGGAAGAGAUAGUGGACACAAUGGAGGAUGGUUCUCAAGGUGGAGAUGAGGAAGAACAGUCUCUUUUUUCCUCUGCAAGGGACUUCUAUGUCCCUAAGGAGAAGAGAUCUGCGAGACCUUGUUCGAGACGAAAAGGGCUAAAGGGGAGGAGUCCUUUUGUGCCACCUCUCCCAAGGGGAAGAUCAUAUAGAAGUAUGGGAUGGCAACCAAGCCUCCCAAGUGUGAAAGAGCUAUCACCAUGAUAUUUUGCUAAGGUUUUACUUUUUCUUUUGUGUAACUCCCUAUUCUGGUAUGGUAUUAUGCCUUGCCUGCCACUCAUUACUGAUUUCAUCUCACGGAUCUGAUUUCUAAUAGGUCCUGCUACAUCUUCUUAAUAAAAUUAAAACUCAUCUCCACCCUUCUAUUUGAUAAAACUGUUUACUUAUGCAUAAGAUAGAAACUUUAUUAGAAAUGAGGGAGAUGUG